AUGAAAGAAGAAAGAGUAGUUAGAGAAUUGGAUUGUAGUGUACAAGAGUUUCUAGAGAUUUACAAGGAUGACGAGAGUCAGAGACAGUAUCAUUUGGAUAGAGGUGAUAUCAAUAUGGUGUUCAAUCCGUUUGUGGUGAACACUGGCAAUGGCAACGUUCAGUCGAGAACAAUCUCCUUUCAGGCACCCAUCAAUGCACCGCCCUCGAUUACAAAGAUCAUCGGCAAAGAUGCAACGUCGAUCGUCGAGAAACAAUCGAUUACAUCGAUCAACACUGACAGCACAACCAGUUUCUCAUUGAAAAUAGAUACCUCUUAUAAGCCUGAUAUCAUGGGUGACUACUUUCAAGUGGAGACAGAGUGGAUACUUACACCUAACAACAACAACAUAUCAACAUCAGCAACAACAACAACAACAUCAUCAUCAAAUAAUCUUAAUAGAUUAUCUACAUCAUUGACACUUAUCAUUAGAGCAUCGUUCAAUAUGAGAUUUGUUGGUCAUAUUUUCGAAAUGUUUAUCAGCAAGGCUGCAGCUGCUUCAGCAGUUCAGUAUGUAGACAUAGUUGAACAGAGACUAGAGAAAUCAAAAGUAUCACGUUUAAAUCAAUUGAAGUUACAAUUGGAACAACAACAAAAACAACAGCAACAGCAACAGCAGCAGCAAGAAAGAGAAAGGGAAAAAGAAAGAGAAAGAGAGAAAGAAAAAGAAAAAGAAAAAGAGAGAGAAUAUCAAUAUAGUUUACAAUUAGAAAAAGAAAGAGAAAGAGAAAUAGAAAAACAAGUUAGAGAAAGAGGUAGAGAGAGAGAUAGAGAAAGAGAUAGUAAUAUAGUUGUUAGAAAACCAAGAAGUAGUAGUAGCAGUGGUUAUAACAAUAAUGCUACUGGUAGUAGGAGGAAAAGAUCAAAUAAAUUCAAGAAUUGGACUGUUGAUUGUAAGAAACAGGUGAUUGAAGACUAUCUAAAGGGUGAUCUCGAGCAACUUAAAGAAUAUACAAGAGAUACUUCACAAAGUUUAUUAAAGAUUGAAAUAUCACUAUCUGAAAUGAAAAGUAAUAAUAAUAAUAGUAGUAAUGUAAAUAAUAAUAAUAAUAGUAAUAGUAGUAGUAGUUUUGAUAAUGGUUAUGAUAAUAAUAAUAAUAUAAAUCAUUCAAUGACAUCUUCAUCAUCUUCAUCAUUGAAUAGCUAUCAUAAUAGCAGUAAUAAUAAUAUGAAUAAUAGUGGCUAUAAUAAUAUUAAUGAAAAUGAUAAUGAUACAAUUGAACAGGAGCUGAAUAAUGUGAUAUCUUUAUUGAGACAGAUCGAGUUGAACAAUCGUGUUCUCAGGGAGAAACGUAGAAUGACCGAGGAGUCAAUCGAUCAGGAGUUGUCUGCCAUUCUUAAUUACCUUUCGCAAGAUCAGCAACAACAACAACAACAACAGGAGAGUAGUUUAUCUUCAUGGUGGACAUGGACAUCUUCGUGGCUACCUACGACAAACUCCAACACUUCAACAGCAACUCAAAUAAUAAUAAUCAUUACAACCAUCAUUUCAAUAUUCGCAAUAACAAAAUCAAUUUCAAAGUCAAACAACAAUAACGCUACUAACAAAAGCAACAAUAUCAACAACAACAACAACAAUUUAUUAAAUACAAAUCAAAUUACACCAACUAUUACAUCUACUUUAUCAUCUUCAUUGAUCCUACCAACAAAUUCAAUAACUUCACAAACAGCAACAACAUCAUCUUCAUUAAAUUUACUAACAAAACAACUGUCAAAGUUAUUUAAUAAAUUUUAUGAAAAAUCUUAA